UCAACAGGAAACUGGGAUUUACAAAGAUGCAUAUUGUGCACAGUUACUUGUUAUCGUAAUCGUACCCCAGCAAUAGGUAUAUGGACCCUCGUUCGGCAAUUUGAGACUUCCUAGAAAUCGAAUUGAACAUGAAAUAGUUGAGGGCAACAGUCUUGAGUAUUCUUAAGGCUUGAACUUGAAGUUUUUUUAACGACUACACGCAAAGGCCAUGAAAUUUGUAAAAAAAUCAUUGUGUGUACUUAUUUUACGAAAUAAGAGGAAUUACUUGCUAAAACGACCAAUCUCGAGAUAAGAUUAAGGUAGGUCAGAUUGAUUAGCAACCGAGUACUUAAUGCCUUGAUGCUUAAUCGUGAAAUUCAAACAAUAGUUACGGGUCUUGUUGAUAUGUUACUCCUAAAGAGCAGGAUGAAGAUUCUAUUAUUAAUUUUCUUCAACUACAGCCUUGCCAUGGUUUCAUCGGAGUACACUGCUGCCGUGGUGGAAUUCUUCCCCGAACAAGAUAAAAGUUUACUCGCAGAAGAAAGGCUAUCCCGAAACGUUGCUGGCUAUCUAUCAAUUUUGGAGCAAGUCAGUCGUGAUUCGGAACUCGACAUUAUAGUGUAUCCCGAAUUAACUUUGGCUUCCAACGCUCCCAUUAUAAAGCACGAUGACGUUUUACCUUACUCGAUCGAAAUCGAUCUGAAUGGUCAAUCGCUUUGUACCACGAACAACCGCACUUAUCUGACACCUUUAGCGUGCGCUGCGGUGAAAUACCACACUUACAUUGUCGUAAAUCUCUACGAAAGGGCACCAUGCUCUAAAAACGCCACUACAAAGUGCCAUGAGGACGGGUGGUACUUUUACAACACCAACGUGGUGCUAAACCGGAACGGUUCAAUCGUUUCGAAGUAUCGAAAGUACAAUCUGUUCGGCGAAUUUUUCAUGACUAGGCCAGUAACGGCCGAUAUUUCAAUUUUUCGUACGGAUUUCAACGAAACCUUCGCGAUGUUUAUCUGUUUCGACCUUUUGUUUAAGCAGCCGGCUUUGGAUCUUGCGAAUAAACAUGGAGUGAAAUCGGUGAUUUACCCGACGAUGUGGUUCUCAGAGUUGCCCUUCUUGACGGCAUUGCAAGCUCAAAACCAAUGGGCCUAUGCUACCAAUGCGACACUGUUAGCAUCGGGUGCUAACAAUGCUCGGGUUGGAAGCGGUGGGACAGGAGUCUACCAAGGCGCUGACGGUCCGUUAAUCGUCACCAUCGUUGGAAAGGAUGAAUCGAAGGGCUUCGUUGCCAAAAUUCCCUCUGUCGCUCAUAGGUUUAUCGAUUCAGGUAUUAUUGACCAAAAAGCGAAGCAACUGGACGGCUUUUACUUGUUAUCCGAUAAUUUGACAGCUUAUUCUUCCAAACUUGUAACCCCUGGUCAGAGAGAAAUACAGGAGGUGGUGUGUGGUCAAGAUGGGGGUGUUGAAUUCUGUUGCCACUUCCAAAUCGGAUUAGAAUCAAAAUCGAACGUUACAGGCGAUCGCUACCAAUACCACAUGGUUGCAUUUACCGGCGUACGAUCGUUUUCCGGAAUGUACAAUGGAGGCGUAGAGAUUUGUGGAGUAAUCGCUUGUACAAACUCCUCCCUAAGUUCUUGUGGAAAACGAUUUCCUAGUUACGAUAACGUUUCAUGGCCGAUUAGCUUUAAAAAAAUUGUCAUUAAUGCCGAAUUUGAUGCCGACGAAAACAAAUAUCAGUAUCCGAACUCGCUAUUGAGCAACAUAGAGCCGUUGAGUUCGGAAGCGUUCGGGUGGACGCACGAGAUAAAGGAUAAACGGAUUAGUCGCACAUAUACGUUGAAAGAACCGCAGGAUCGCCUAAUGACAUUCGCCAUUUAUGGGCGAGAUUUUAAUCGUGACAGCUCGCCUUUUAAGGCACCAAAAAUUACGUUAUAAAUAAAGCAUUAUCUACCUAUAUACUAAAUAGAGCUGGUUAUUUGAACCUUGUAACGGGUAGUUGCAAUUCUGAGCUAUGUAUGCCUAAACGUACCAUUUCUGCCCUGGCGAUGGCUAGCUCGUUAUUAUUAAUCCUGAAAGUGGUCUCUUUCCUGAUUAUCGGAAAAGUUACUUUUCGAACACCUGCCCUAAUUCGAUAAAAUAAUCGUGGUUUUAGGAUUUUGUUUGUCUUAUCUAGAGUCUACAGUACCAACCAAUCUAAACGAUGGGGUGACCUACAUGGUAUUUUCCGUAUUUGUUAACACAAGGAUAUUGCUAUUUAGAAUUUACACAAUUUAUUUGUCAUGCGAAAGGAUGCCCCCUUUUUCAUAAACUCGUUUAACCUUUAAAUCAAACCCUUCAACUUAGAAACUCUCCUUAGUUCAAUCUACAUGAAACGAAAUCUUGCUUUUCCUAAGUUAAUACAAAGAAACCACAUACACUAUAAUGUCUCUGUUUAAAAAUUAUGUCCGGAUCCCUAAACUUUUAUUAAUAUUUGAUUAGCAGUAAAAGAAAAAUUCUCUCCGAAGGACUCGGCUGAAACUAAAUAUAAAUAAAACAUUUGCCUUUAGUGUGCUCUAGAAGAAAUAACGAUUUCCCUUUUUUCCGGUCUCGUGACGGGAUAGCUGAUUUUUUGGCGUGAAUUAUCCUUCCUCCAUACGUAAACGUCAAGGUUGUCGUAUCUGCCCUUGGUGACAGUUGCAGUAAGAUGAACAUUUAAUAUUUCUUCCCUUCCAUACUCGCAGACCCCCCGGUUCCACAUUUAUCCCCAAAACCCUUCAAUGCACGAUCAUCUAAUGACAGUUGCAGGAAGAUGAAACCACUUAUCAAGUUUUUACACGUUGCUGCGUUUAUGACUCGCUGAUUUCCGGUUGCGUUGUGACUUGCACUAGCUCAAUCAGGAUGACGCACUUUUCACGAGCAUCGCCGAGUUGCAAUUUUAAAAUCACUCGUGGAUUUAAUUUAUGGCACAAGCGCGCGUUGUUAGUUGCGCUAUACGAUUCCAAUACGUUCACAUUUAAAUAUGUCCUCGUUAACACAAUUUUGUAAGCGGUCUUGUCAAGUUGAAAAAAGUAGGGACAGGUCCAGAGAAGACAGAAUUAAGGCAUUCGUUUUCGAGCCUCGAGAAACGUGCCGCGGCAAGUCAUCGUGCGCAACAGUUACUAAUCACAAAUUUUGUGCGGAAAGGUGUAUAUUUUGGAUGGCUGAACAAACGAAUCAAUUCCCCCAGAAGCGCCUAAGUGAUUACGCGUGGAAAUAAAAUGGGCAAUUAUCAGUGAUUCACCUCCAUUCGAAUGCGCGAAUUAAAUAUCGUAAAUUAAUUAACAAUUCAUUCGAGACAAUAAAUUGGGCAACAACGCUCGCGUAAGUUCGUAUCAAUUUCACUCAGUAGAAAGAUAGCGAUAACUAUGUGAUUGAUAAAUAUAGGUAAAUCGCAAUAAAAAAAAAACCGUUAUCAGCGUUCAUUGCGAUAAAUACCUAAUUUAGUAUUUUUAAGAUCACAGUCCAGCCAUGAAUACAAAUAAAAUUAACGUUUGACACGUUGAGCAACCCGAAUUCGGUAUUGCUGACCAAAAAGCGAUUUCCUAAUUACGACGUUUCAUGGCCGAUUAGAUCAGAUCAGUAUCCAAACUCUUUAUUAAGUAAUAUAGAACCGUUGAGUUCCGGAGCGUUUGGGUGGACAUACGGGAUAAAUAAUAAACGGAUUAACGUAUACGCUGAAAGAACCUCAGGAUCGCCUAAUGAUAUUCGCCAUUUAUAAGCGAGAUUUUAAUCGUGGCAGCUCGCCUUGUAAAAGCACCCAAGAUUAUGUUUUAAAUAAAGCAUUAUCUACCUACAUACAUACUAAAUAUACGAACUCUUGAUUUUUAAAAUACGUUCAAAUUUCGUAAAGCCCUGUCCACGACUAGCUCAUGAUUAUUAAUCCUGAUUGGAAUUACCUUCGAAGAAAGUGGGACUUGUUUCAACUGGAGAAAAUAAUCGUAAUUUUUUUAUUUUGUUUUUUUAUCUAGAUUUAAUUUACUACACUCCCACCCAAUGUGAACAAUAGGGUGACCUACAUGAUAUUUGCCAUAUUUGUUUACACAACUAUGUAGAAUUUACAUAUUUUAUUUGCUCCCUUGUAAUGUAAAAGGCCGGCCCCUUUUUCAGAAACUCAUUUUAACAUUAAAAUCUAAUACUUCAACUCACUCUUCUUCAAUUGGGUCUUUCUUGAAACUCCUCCCAAUAUUCUUCAAUUCUCUCUAUUUAUUGGUAUGUUAUUCUUCUUAUAGUUGACGUAGACAUAAAAUUAUGUGUUUUUUUCUUUACUCCUAUAUCACUGUCGUAAUCCUCUCCCUCCAGGGGGUUUGGAAUACCCCCCCCCCUCCAGACCCCACGGUUCUACAUCAUUUCCCAAAACCCCCCACCGAACGAUGAUCUUAUGACAGUUUCAGGCAGAUGAACAUUCAAUCUGUCUUCCCUGGGAAGUAUCCUCGAUCCACCCGCUUCUACAUCCUACCCUAUACAAGUUAUCACUCUCAUUCUCUUCUCCUCCACCUCCACUCGUCUUUCCAUAAACCUAUGCGGUCAAGCGAUGGCGCUGAACCUGGACUUUCUAACGUGCAACACAUAUCAACGUUUGACACGUCAUAAACCACCUUUGAGGCUAAUA